AUAUAUUCAUUAUUUACUUGUUUUUCCCUUCACAAUGGAUUACCAUUACAAUAAUGAUAAUAGUAACACAACGGUAGAUACAUCAUUAUUACCUUUUCACCAUCAUCACCAUCACCAGCAGCAGCAGCAACAACAGCAGCAGCAUUCGUUCGGUUAUAAUAGCAAUCAAUUCCAUAGGCCACCGGACACACUUCAAUUAUUGUCUUCGCCCACCGAUGAUAUAUUUAACAGACCACAACAACAAUGGAAUACGCAUAAUAAUAUUUUAUCGCCUUCUGAGAUUAUGGAUUGCGGCAGUAAUAAUAACGAGGAAUUGAAUCAACCAGAACGUGGAAUUGCUGGCUUUGUAUCCAAACUUUAUCAAUGCUUAGAAGCACCUGACGAUGGGCAUAAAUACGCACGUUGGUGUAGACACAAUGGAAUAGACAUGUUUAUUAUAGAUUGUAUACCAAAAUUUACAGAAAUUGUUUUGCCUAGAUUAUUCAAACACUGUAAAUUUGCAUCAUUUGUUAGACAAUUAAAUAUAUACGGCUUCCAAAGAGAUACAGAUGCUCGCAAAUCCAAAGAUAGUAAAGACAAAGAGACCUGUCGUUGGCACCAUAUGCACUUUCGACCAGGUCGCCGUGAUUUAUUUCAUUUGAUACGCAGAAAAACACCCCGUUAUUCACGCCGAAAGAGACCAAAGACUGAAGAAGAAGAUCCAGAAACAAUCCUUAAUAUCGGCUCAGGGGAUGAUGAAUCAGAAAAUAAUCAAUCGUCGUCUUCAUCUUCCUCUUCACCUCAAUAUUGUCAUUUCUCCAAUAGUAAUAAUAAUGAGAUAAAUAAUGAUCCGCAUGAUUUGUUUUUGAUGCAGCAAACAAUGACGCAGGACGAAGAGCAACUCCGAUCUCAAAUCGUGCAGCUGCGAAGAGGCUAUUUCAGAAUGUACAAGAUGCUGACUGGCGAAGUCAAUAAGGCAUUCAAUUUGAUAGAUGUUCAGAAAUCGCGCAUAGAAUUUUUAGAAAACACAUUACGA